AUGAUUGGUGCCGUACAAUUUCAAGAUCCAAAAAAUAAAAAAAGCAUCGCUGAAGUUCAAAUCAAAACUAUGGAAAGUAAAGAAAAAAUUUCAUUGUUGACUAGAUCUUUACAAAAAUAUAGACAAUUAUAUAUUGGUGAAGUGGAUGAUGAUGAAGAAGAUGAAACAGAAAGGGCAAGUAGAAACAUGCCUGGAUUACGUCGACCAAUCACAGGAAAACUAUCAAUACAAAUAAUCCAAGCACAUCAUAUUUCCCAUGUACCAAACAGAUCAAAUAAACCAUUAGACACUACUGUUUCAAUUAAAAUUGACGGAUCAAUAAAAGGUAAAACACGCAUUGCUCGUAAUGAUCGAUGGAAUGAGGAUUUUGAAUUUCAUGUGGAGAAAGGUAGUGAAAUUGAAAUCACAUUGUACGAUAAACCACACGAACAACACCAAGUCCCAAUUGGUCUUUUAUGGGUUAAAAUAUCGGAUAUUGUUGAGGAGUUAAGAAAAAAAAAAAUAGAGGCUGUCAAAAACGGUCCUGGUUGGGUUACUGCUUCAAAUGUCCAAUUUGAUAAUGUUCAAAGAUCACCCUCUCCUAAUAAUAAUUCAUUUAAUAAUGGUGGUGGUUAUGUAUCCGGUAGUAGUGGCGGGCAAACUCCAGAACCUAACUUGUCACCACAACAGGUUGCAAGCCUGCCUCAACAAGCUUCAGCUUUACCAGAUGGUAUUGAAGCCUGGUUUGAAGUUGAGCCAGCUGGUCAAGUUUUAUUAAAGCUUAAUUUUGUCAAAGAGAACAUUAAUAAGAGGCCCGUAGAUGCUGGACUUGGUCGUACGGACGCUGUUCGUAAAAAAAAAGGCGAAAUACUUGAACAGAAUGGUCACAAAUUUAUUCAACAACAGUUUUAUCAAAUCAUGAAAUGUGCUUAUUGUGAAGAAUUAUUUGUUACAGAAGGAUUUCAAUGUUAUGAUUGUAAAUUAACAUGUCAUAAGAAAUGUUACACAAAAAUUGUAACAAAAUGCAUUUCCAGAUCAAAUUCAGAGAUGGAUUCGGAUUAUAAACAACUUAAUCAUCGUAUUCCACAUCGUUUUGAGAAUCUUACUAAUAUUACUGGAAAUUGGUGUUGUCAUUGUGGUUAUAUGCUGCCAAUAGGAAAGAAAGGGUCAAAGAAAUGUUCUGAAUGUCAUAUUACUUGUCAUGCAAAAUGUACACAUCUUGUUCCUGAUUUUUGUGGUAUGCCAAUGAGAACUGCCAGUGAAAUGAUCGAUCAGAUCCAACGUGCAAGUGAUAGACUAUCAUCAUCAUCAUCAAUAUCAUCAACAACAUCAACAUCAACAACAUCAACAUCAACAACUUUAGUAGCUAAUGAUCAAUGGAACACACCUUCUCCUCAACAUAAACAACAACAACAACAACAAUUGUUAUUACAACAAUAUCAAUACCAGCAACAAAAUCCAUCAUCACAAAAUCCACAUCCCAUGGUUAAUCCUAAUCAAAGACUUUCAUCUGUUAAAUCUCGCAAAGUUGGUUUAGAUGACUUUACUUUUAUUUCUGUAUUGGGCAAGGGAAAUUUUGGCAAAGUUAUGCUUGCAGAAGAAAAAGUUACCAAGCAACUUUAUGCUAUAAAAGUUUUAAAAAAAGAGUUUAUCAUCGAAAACGAUGAAGUCGAAAGUACAAAAUCUGAAAAAAGAGUUUUCCAAACUGCUAAUCGUGAACGACAUCCUUUCCUACUUGGUCUUCAUUCCUGUUUCCAGACUGACACCAGAAUAUAUUUUGUGAUGGAGUACGUUAGUGGUGGUGAUUUAAUGUUGCAUAUUCAAAGGGAACAAUUCACUUAUAGACGAGCACAAUUUUAUGCAGCAGAAGUAUUACUUGCUUUAGAAUAUCUACAUAAACAUGGUGUCAUAUAUAGAGACUUGAAACUUGAUAAUAUAUUACUUACACUAGAUGGACAUAUAAAGAUCGCUGAUUAUGGUCUUUGCAAAGAAGAAAUGUGGUAUGGAGCCACUACAAAUACAUUUUGUGGCACUCCUGAGUUUAUGGCACCAGAGAUUUUGUUGGAAAAAAGAUAUGGCAGAGCAGUUGAUUGGUGGGCAUUUGGUGUUUUGAUUUAUGAAAUGCUUUUAGGUCAAUCACCAUUUCGUGGUGAAGAUGAAGAUGAAAUUUUUGAUGCGAUUUUAGAAGAUGAGAUUUUAUAUCCGAUAAACAUGUCUAGAGAUUCUGUAUCCAUAUUACAAAAGUUGUUGACUCGUGACCCAGAAAAACGUCUUGGAUCAUCUCAAGCAGAUGCAGAAGAAAUUAAGAGACAUCCAUUUUUUAAAGGUGUAAAUUGGGAUGAUAUGCUUUCAAAGAAAGUUGCGCCACCAUUUUACCCCACAAUUUCAUGCCCAACUGAUACUUCAAAUUUUGAUACGGAAUUUACAAACGAAGUGCCAGUAUUGACACCUGUUCAUACAAAGUUAAGCGCAGAUACACAAAAAGAAUUCCAAGGAUUUUCUUAUGUUUCAAAUUGGGUUCCUGAUUCUGAUAAACACUAA